AGCGUGUGCCUCUCCAAGGUGGAAUCUGUCGUCAGCGUCGUUUUUGUUUCAAACAUUUUCUCUUAUAUUUCCCAGAGGAGGUAAUGAAUACAGACAGAGCAAAAAUGAGUGCGACGAUUGAAUCGCUUUCGCUCUUAAACCCUAGCCGUAACACUGGUUCUUGGUUCUCUUUGAAGAAGGCGGUUCCAAUGGCUUUGUCUUCCUCGCCGUCUGCUUUGCGGUUCGAUCCACUGCUAAGAGCUCACAGUUGCCGACUAUUUGCUGCGCCAACCAGAGGGCUAGGCUCUGUUUCAAUUUUACAACAUCGACAAAUCUCCUGGACUCGUCCGCUGGUUGUAUUUGCCGCUUCGCACGAGGAUUCGAAGCAUUCCGAAAUUGAAGUGGAGAAGGAAAAGGAUAAUAUAAAAUUGGGAGCUGACGAAUCUCAGGAAGCUUGGAGAGAGGCCUUAGCUUCUUUUAAAGAACAAGCUUUAAAGAUUCAGGGUGUAUCUCAGGAAGCAUAUGAGGUAUACUCUAAGAAAGCUUUGGUUAUUCUGAAAGAAACAUCAGAGCAGUUGAAAAUACAAGCCGAUAAAGCAAAGUAUGAUCUGAGUGAGAUAGUAAAAGAAAUCAGUGAAGAUGGCAAAGACUAUCUUUCAACUGCUGCAGAACAAUCUCCUGAAGUUAAGGAAAUUGUAGAAACGUUCACUUUAUCAACUGAUGAUCUGAGUGACAUUUCAAAAAUCCAUGACUUCCGAGUUGGGAUACCAUAUGGUUUUGUUCUUUCUAUUGGUGGAUUUCUUGCCUUCAUGGUAACAGGAAGCACUGCUGCCAUUAGGUUUGGUGUUAUUCUUGGUGGUUCUCUUCUGGCUUUAAGUGUUGUGAGUUUAAGAUCACAUAAGAAAGGAAAACCAUCUUCUUUAGCUCUCAAGGGGCAAGUGGCUAUUGCAAGUAUAAUUUUUCUGAGGGAGGUACGUUUGCUGACACAGAGACCAUCAUUUAUCAGUGUUUUAACAUCGUUUGUCAGCGGAACAGUGGGGGCUUUCUAUGUCUACAGGAUUUCACGAGAUGGAGAACAUGAACGAGGGUCAGACUUGGGAAAGAAGGCAGAGAGUUGAGUGUCAUGGCAUGGGUUGUUGAGUUUAUUACAGUACGUACCUUAGAUAAGAGCUCGGAUUUGAGAAGGUAAUGAAUGUUUGAUUGGAGAAUGAGGCGUUACAGGAUUUGUUGCUGUUAGUUUUUUUAUUUUGUAAUUUUAUUCGUUUUGUUUUGGCCAAAGCAAUAAUAUAGAUGAUGUUUGCAAGAUACUGUCAUAUGCUUCCUUGGCACCUGGAAAUGCAAGAACCCAUGGUUUAGUAUUUCCUCGGUGUUUGGCUCUUGAUCUAGAUGUUUUGGCAUAUAAAAAGAAAGUGGAAGACCGCAAUGCCGAAAAUUAAAAAUGAUAAUCUCAGUGUUCCAACAUUUUGAGGUUUUGGAAAAAGAAAAAGAAAAAGAAAAAUACUUUGUGCUGUGGGCACUGCA